UUGGGUCCAUUGUCGAAUCCUACUUAGCAGAAGAAAUAUAAGAGAAGAGGUACUUAUGGCAGAACGCGCUGAUCCGGUCUUUCACAAUAAAGUGAUAAAUGGAACUGCUAUGAAACGACUUAUUAGCAGGUUAAUCGAUCAUUUCGGAAUGGCAUAUACAUCACAUAUCUUGGAUCAAAUAAAAACUUUGGGUUUCCAGCAAGCCACUGCUACAUCUAUUUCAUUAGGAAUUGAUGAUCUUUUAACAAUCCCUUCGAAGGGAUGGUUAGUCCAAGACGCCGAACAACAAAGUUUUAUUUUAGAGAAACACCAUCAUUAUGGGAAUGUACACGCGGUAGAAAAAUUACGUCAAUCCAUUGAGAUAUGGUAUGCUACAAGUGAAUAUUUGAGACAAGAAAUGAAUCCUAAUUUUCGUAUGACUGAUCCUUCUAAUCCAGUACAUAUAAUGUCCUUUUCGGGAGCUAGAGGAAAUGCAUCUCAGAUACAUCAAUUAGUGGGUAUGAGAGGAUUAAUGUCGGAUCCCCAAGGACAAAUGAUUGAUUUACCCAUUCAAAGCAAUUUACGUGAAGGACUUUCUUUGACAGAAUAUAUAAUUUCCUGCUAUGGAGCUCGCAAAGGAGUUGUAGAUACUGCUGUACGAACAUCAGAUGCUGGAUACCUCACACGUAGACUUGUUGAAGUAGUUCAACACAUUAUUAUACGUAGAACAGAUUGUGGUACUAUCCGAGGUAUUUCCGUGAGCCCUCAAAAUGGUAUGACAGAAAAAAUUUUUGUCCAAACACUAAUUGGUCGUGUAUUAGCAGACGAUAUAUAUAUUGGUUUGCGAUGUCUUGCCACUCGAAAUCAAGAUAUUGGGAUUGGACUUAUAAAUCGAUUCAUAACCUUUCGAGCACAACCAAUAUAUAUUAGAACCCCCUUUACUUGCAGGAAUACAUCUUGGAUCUGCCAAUUAUGUUAUGGUCGGAGUCCUACUCAUGGUGACCUGGUCGAAUUGGGAGAAGCUGUAGGUAUUAUUGCAGGUCAAUCAAUUGGGGAACCAGGGACUCAACUAACAUUAAGAACUUUUCAUACUGGUGGAGUAUUCACAGGUGGUACUGCCGAGUAUGUACGAGCUCCUUCUAAUGGAAAAAUAAAAUUGAAUGAGAAUUUGGUUCAUCCCACACGUACCCGUCAUGGGCAUCCCGCUUUUCUAUGUUCUAUGGACUUGUAUGUAACUAUUGAGAGUCGGGAUAUUCUACAUAAUGUAAAUAUUCCACUAAAGAGUUUGAUUUUAGUUCAAAAUAAUCAAUAUGUAGAAUCAGAACAAGUAAUUGCUGAAAUUCGUGCUGGAACGUCCACUUUUUAUUUUAAAGAGAAGGUACGAAAACAUAUUUAUUCUGAAUCAGAGGGAGAAAUGCACUGGAGUACUGAUGUACACCAUGCACCUGAAUAUACAUAUGGUAAUGUUCAUCUAUUAUUAAAAACAAGUCAUUUAUGGAUAUUAGCAGGAGGUUCGUGCAGAUCUAGUAUAGUGUCUUUUUCGCUCCACAAGGAUCAAGAUCAAAUGAAUCCUCAUGCUUUUUCUGUCGAAGAAAGAUAUAUUUCUGAUCUAGCAAUGACUAACAGUCGAGUAAGAUAUAAAUUGUUAGAUACUUCUGAUAUCCGUAUAGGAUAA